CCCAUCGGUUGCCUGCUAGGAGGCGAGUCUGUAAAAUAUUCUUAAUAAUCUAGAAACAAAGUAAUAUACCUUCUCGGAAGUGAUAUUGUUUUUCAUCAGCACGUUCGCUGUGCGGGAGUUUUGUAUGGGAAUUAUUUCGUCCCCGCUAGCGAGCUCCAACUGGUGCUGUUUCUGCUGACACGACAUAGAUGUGAGGAUUCCACGGAAGCGUUCUGCCGUGAAGCACAAAGCGCAGGCCGAAGUCCUACCGCCAAUUCUGUGCUGGAGGCGUGCGGAUUACGCAUAGACGGCCGCAACCGGCUCAGCUGGUUCAAUCAACACAUGCAAUGGCCAGCAACAACGCCCUGUAUAUCCGGCAGCAGCUAUCAGCGCUGCUGGGUAGUACGUCAACGUCGAUAAAAUUUAUCUGCAUCGCAACGCUGGUUGGAUACGUGAUUUCGUUCUCCGAGCGGAUCUCUGUGUUACUAUGCGUGACGCCUGGGUUUCUGAUGCCCCCGACAUUCUGGAUAUGGACGAUAUUCACUUACUUCUUCAUCGAGCAACACUUCUGGGAAGUGCUCGUCGACCUGGUAACGGUCGGAUUGUGUGGCAAGCUGAUUGAGCCGUCCUGGGGGCAGAUGGAAAUGCUGCACUACUUUGCCAUCACAAACACCGGAGUGGCCAUACUGACCACCUUCUACUAUCUCUUCUACUCCAUGAUUACCAAAGAUGCCGAGAUACUUUUCAACGUUCGUAUCUACGGACUGGCCGGCAUGAAUGCAGCCAUCAGUGUCGCCGUGACGCAAAUAAUGCCCGACCAUCUGAUAGCCCGAACGCCGCUGGGGAAAUUCUCCAACAGGAACGUACCACUAACGGUGGUGAUAGCAUCGAUAUUGCUGUGGGCUUGUGGACUACUGGACGGUACCUAUCCUGCGAUGUUUGCCUCCGGCUUGUAUGUGUCUUGGGUGUACCUGAGGUUCUAUCAGCGACAUUCGAACGGCACCCGGGGCGAUAGUGCCGAAAACUUCCGGUUCGCAAGCUUCUUUCCCAAUGUACUCCAGCCUCUGAUUGCCGUCAUCGCUAAUCCCGUGUAUCUGUGCUGUUUGCGCAUCGGACUUGUGAAACGUUUAAGUCCACAGCAGUCGAAUUCUUCCUCGCUACAAUCGGUCAACGUACACUUGCCCGGAGUGGACCCUCACGAUAUGGAGCGGCGAAGGCAAAUCGCUCUGAAAGCCCUUAGUGAACGGCUGUCCAAAACGACCGACUCUAGUCGCCAAAACACGGUCCCCAAGUCAUUCCCGCAAAACACGGGAAAACAUCACCACGGCCAUGGGCAUAGUCACGGCCACCAAGGUCAACCGCAAUUUGCAGGAUUACCGCCAUUUCGCGGUUUCCCUAUGACUAUAGAUCGUCCAGCAAUACCGUUACCUCCACCACCAUCCGUCGCUGCCAGUGGCCCGUCGAAACAGGUGGAAGCUACCGUAGGGCACUCAUCCAGCUCUACUAGUCUGUCACCGACGGAGGUGCCCGCUGUGUCGACAACAGCCCCGUUGAUAAGUUUGUCUACAUCCUCCUCGCUAGCCUCAAAUCUGAUAAGUCUUGAUGCAAUCGAAAGCAGUGUUAGCGGUAGUGUUCCCGGAGGAGGACAUGCGACGCCCAACGCUUAAAACAUACGCGCCCUCCUACCUUCCGGUCUCCUGUACCAUAACGAGCCUUUGGCAUAGCUUUAAGCGUUGUUCUGUUUCUUGUUUGAUUAUGUUGCACAUUUCCCCUGUCGGAGUCGGCAACGGCGGCAAGUUCACGGUGAACGGUCGAUGCGCACGAGAGCGUCCGAUAACUAUUGUGGGUUGCAAAUAUUUUAAGCGCUUUGAGUUGAUUCCCGGAUUUUAUUCGUUGUGAUCCACAUGCAGAAAGUGGAAAGAAAGUGAGGGUAUGGUCGACAGAAGAUAUUAGUUCGUACCGUGCAUGUUUAGUACCUCUGAAGCAUUGAGAAGAGAA